AUGAUAAAAUUAUUUUCAUUGUUUAUUUAUUUAUAUUUAAUUUCAAAUUUAAAAUUAAUUAAUACAAUUAAUAAUACUCCAGUAAUUGGAAUUUUAACUCAACCAUUUCCAAGUUCAAUUAAUAUUAAAUAUGGUGAUAAUUAUUUGAUGGCAUCAUAUGUUAAAUAUGUUGAAUCUGCUGGUGCAAGAGUGGUACCUAUUUUUUAUAACCAAGAUGAUGAAUCUUUGACAACAAUUUUUAAACAAAUAAAUGGAAUACUAUUACCAGGUGGUGAUGUUGAUUUUAAAACAGAAAUUCAAUAUGUUAAAACUCUAACUUUAAUUUGGGACUAUGUAUUAGAUGUAAAUAUAAAUGGUGAUUAUUUUCCUUUGUGGGGAACAUGUUUAGGUUUGGAAGAAAUUGUUUCUUUACAGGCUGAAUCAUUUGAUGUUUUAACUGAUUUUAAUGCAGAAAAUUAUUCAAUCCCCUUAAAUUUUUCAAAUAUUGCAUUAGAAAGUAAAAUUAUGAAAAACUGCCCAACAAAUAUUAUUAAUUCUUUAGCAAAUGAUCCAAUUACAAUGAAUAAUCAUCAUUUUGGAAUUUCGCCAAAUACAUUUGAUAACAAUUCAUUAUUAAAUCAAUUUUUUAAUGUUUUGGCAACAAAUAACGAUAAAAGUGGAAAUGAAUUCAUAUCAUUGAUUGAAUCAAAAGAUUACCCAAUUUAUGCAAUUAUUUGGCACCCUGAAAAAUCACCAUAUAGUUGGUAUUCAAAAGAUGCAACUGAUCAUUCAUUUAAUGCCAUUUUAGCGUGCCAAUAUAUGUCAAACUUUUUUGUAAAUGAAACAAGAAAAUCUAAUCAUAAAUUUAAUGAUGAAGAAGUUUUAUUUAAAUCACUAAUUUAUAACUAUAAUCCAACUUACACAUUUAAAGAAACUCAUGUUGAGCAAAUUUAUAUCUUUAACACUUCAACUAAUAAUACAAAAAAUGACUUUAAUAUUAAUCAAAUAUUCUCAAAAAAAUUAUUUAUUAUUAUUUUUAUUUUAAUUAUUUUAUUUUUUAAAUAA